AUGGCUAGUUACUACUGGCAUUUUCAGCAUACGUUUGCAGAGGUGGCUAUUCCUUUGACACGAUUGUUGCAUAAGAACGUGCCAUUCGAGUGGAAGAAACCACAUGAGGAUAGUUUUGUGGCAUUGAAACGGUUGUUGAGCGAGGUUUCAAGGGAAAAGAAGCAAAUGUCAGUCAUAGUGGAUCAUUUGACGAAAUAUGUGCAGUUGUUAGCUUUUCGGAAGAGUGUCACUGCCUUAGACUUGGUUGCGGUCUACUUGGAGAAGGAAUAUAAGGUGGGUAAUCAUAUCUUUGUGCGAGUGAUUUUUUCAUCAAGUGAGCAGUGGAACACUUUAGUGCCUUUGCAAAAUAGGAAGAAUGAUAAACUUUCUCAUCGGUAUGCUGGCCCAUAUGAAGUGCUAGAGCGGAUCAGUAAGGCGGCUUAUCGGGUGCGGCUGCCAGUUGGGUGUGGGCAUUUGGAGGAAUCGAGAAGGAUCUUGGAUGCAUUGCCAGCCAAGAACAUCACGUCGUGGACGGCGCUCGCAACUGCGUAUGCCGAGAGUGGGCAUCCGGGCGAGGCCAAGGCAGCGUUUGAUCGAAUGGCGGUGCGGGACGUAGUUUCCUCCACUGCGAUGGUCAAGGCACUGGGCGAUUGCGGGCAGAUUGGAUCAAGCAAGGCAGUGUUUGAUGCGAUGCCCGAGAGGAACUGCAAGAUGUGGGCGACACUGCUGCGGGGAUUUGCUCGCGACAGAGAGAUUGGGCGAGCGAGAGAGGUGCUGGAUCGGAUGCCCGAGAUGAAUGUGGUAGCGUGGACGAUCCUCGUGCAGGGUUUCGCGCAGCACGGGUGA